AUGGGUAGCACAGAACAACUUGACCAGGGAAGCACGGACACUCUUAUCAAUGGCUGCAAGGCACACAGUGAGGCUGCUAAAAGACUGGCUAAAAGGCUCUACAAUCUUGAAGGAUUCAAGCACUGUGAUGUGGCCCGCCAGUUGGGCAAGAAUAACGAAUUUAGCAAAAUGGUAGCAGAAGAAUAUCUCCGUUUCUUCGACUUUACUGGGUUGACCUUGGAUAAAGCACUCAGAGCUUUCCUAAAAGCUUUCCCCCUUAUGGGAGAGACACAGGAACGGGAGCGGGUCCUCAUCCACUUCUCUCACAGAUAUUGUCACUGCAAUCCCCAGGAGAGCACAUCGGAAGAUGGAAUCCAUACACUCACCUGUGCUCUGAUGCUGCUGAACACUGAUCUCCAUGGCCAUAAUAUUGGGAAAAAGAUGUCCUGCCAACAGUUUACAGCAAAUCUGGAUGGAUUAAAUGAUGGGAAAGAUUUUGCAAAGGAUCUGUUAAAGGUAAUGCUAUGCCCCAAAAUGAGUCAUUAUGGUUGAUAAAAGGCCAGGUGCCUGAAGCCGAGACCCUAUUCACACUAUACAUACAGUAGUGGAUGAUAAGUUACUACUGCUUACAUGCUGUGCCUGCACAGUCUCAUUUUCAUUCUUUUUUUUUUUUUUUAUUCAAAAAGUUUUUAUUAGUCAAAAAAGGUUUAUACAAAUACAUAUCAGGUAUGGUAAAUUUUCAUUUUUCUUAUCUAAAAUAAGAAUUUUACUCAAAUUUUUUAACACAUACAACAGCCAUAAGGCAAGCAGGUGACACGAAGUAGCUAAGUUUGCAAAUUUUAAAUACGUAAUAAAGAAGAGUCAAGAAUAAACAGAAUAUCGUACAAAAGAGAAUAAGGAAAACCAACACAAUCCCAAAUAUCUUUAUCACUUCCUAGUUUUGGAUCUCAGAACUCUGGGUUCAGCCUGACCCAACUCCAGGGCCGCAACAGCGGCAGCCGCUUCAGCCCCAUGAUCUAUAACCUCCCCUUCUUCAAUUCCUGGGUCAUCUGAUUCCAGGAAGGCUUUGUGUUCCUCCACAUAGGCCGUAGCCUCCGCAAUUGUACUGAUUUUUUCGUAAUGCCCUCCCGGAAAAUCAUCAAUCCCUCUGGCAUCAGCCAUCUGAAGCCCACUCCCUUCUGGUACAAUUUGCUUGACAAAAAAUAAUAUUUCUUUCUUUUUUCACGUACCUGUCUGGGAAU